AUGAAGAAGGGAAAAACGAAAGUAGGAAAGACGAAAACGGGGAAGAAAAAGAAGGGAAAGACGGGGACGGCGAAAUUGGGGAAGGCAAAGAAGGGGAAGAAGAAUGUGAAGUGGAGUAGAGGACAGAAGAAGGCGACAGGGGAUGAGGAUGGGAAAGGAGGGAAUAAGGAGGGAGGGAGCAAGAACAAGGAAGCAGGGAGCAGUAAAGCAGUGAGCGAUAAGGACAAGCUGAGGGUGGUGGUGGUGGCGGAUCAUCCUAGCGUGUUCCGCAAGAUAGGAGCACUGACGUCCGACUUUGCCAAGAUCAUUCGUUUCGACCAUGCCAAGUUCGUGCGCAGACACCCAAAGAGCCCCCUUGCCUCUGCAAAGAACAAAUCACUCCCAUCCUUCCGAGUGCGAGACUGGGGCCCUCUGCCCCGCUGGGUGGCAUUGGUCGACUUCUUCCUCGCCGCCCGGGCCCGCUACGCCUUCAUCUCUGCGGGGCGCUCAAGGGUCUUCACCACCUUCUCCCAGCUCGCUGCUUCUUUAGCCGCGGCCAGGAGUCUAGAAGACACACCCUCCCCUCAAGCCUCGCGCUUCCUCCUUCUAAGCGCCUUUCACUCGCACCUACUGGAGAACGGUCUAGCCAACCAGGGGGGGAGGGGCCACGCCUGGCACACCUUCUCUGGCCGUCUCUCCUGCCCCGCCCAGCCCCCCCAGUGCGCCCUCUCCCCCGCCCUGCCCUAUGCCUGGUGGGACGCCCCCUGGCAGUCCCCCGCGCGGGGGGAAGGGGGGAAGCUGAGACGGCUGGGGCUGCAGGUGGGGGAAGGCGGGGAGGUGGGGGAGGAGGCUGUGGAGAGGUUUUGUGAGAGGCGGAAGGGGGUGGCUGUGCGGGUGAAGCUAGAGAUGGGGUUGAAAGGGGGAGGAGGGGAGGAGAAAAAAGGGAAGGGGAGGAAGGGGAAGGGUGAGAAGGGGGAGAAGGGGAAGGGUGAGAGGAGGGAGAGUGGGGAGAAUGGGGAGAAAGGGGAGGGUGCGAAGGGGGAGAAGGAGGACAAGUGGAAGGUGACGCAGAGAUGA